AUGGCUUGGCAAGUAUUAUUUUUCUUAUUUACUUUGUAUCCUGAUGUGGACUCUAGUCAGCUUCACUAUUCAAUUCUAGAAGAGAUGAAGAUCAAUGCUGUUGUGGGGAAUACAAUCAAGGAUUUGGGAUUAAAUAGCAAUCAGCUGGAGUUAAGAAAAUUAAGGAUUGUUUCUAAUAACAACAAGAAUUAUUUCAAUGUGAGCUUAGAAAAUGGCAACUUAUAUGUCAGUGACAGGAUAGAUAGGGAAGAGCUUUGUGGAUCAGAGCAGAGCUGCUUUAUGGAACUUGAGAUUCUGGCUGAGAAUCCUGUGAAUGUUUAUCCUGUCAAGGUUGAAAUCCAGGAUAUAAAUGACAAUGCACCAAGUUUUUCUAAGGAGAUUUUUGAGAUAGGAAUAAGUGAGUCUGCUUCCCCGGGUGCACGUUUUAUUCUGGGGAAUGCACUUGAUCCAGACUUACUUACUAAUUCUUUACAGAGUUACAGUUUGAGUCCAAAUAUAUAUUUCUCCCUGGCUGAAAAAUCUGACCCUGAAGGAACCGAGUAUUCAGAACUGAUUUUAGAGCAGCCUCUAGAUCGUGAGCAGCAACAAAAAUAUGAAUUAAUUUUAACAGCGUUUGAUGGAGGAAAACCUGCAAAAUCUGGCACUGCUGUAAUAAGAAUUGAGGUUCUUGAUGCUAAUGACAAUUAUCCAGUUUUUUUACAAAAAUCAUAUCGAAGCAGUUUAUAUGAAAAUAUUCCACGCGGUUCUGUCGUUCUUCAACUAAAUGCUACUGACAAAGAUGAAGGAUCCUAUGCAGAAAUCACUUACUCAUUUAGUCGCAUUCACAAAAAUGCUCGCCAAGUCUUUAGUCUGGAUUCUCAAACUGGAGUCAUUACAACAGCAGGUGAACUGGACUAUGAGACAACUAGAAGUUAUGAGAUGACAAUAGAAGCUAAGGAUGGUGGAGGCCUGGUGGGUCAAUGUAAUGUUUUUAUUGACAUUGUGGAUUUUAAUGACAAUGCCCCUGAGAUAACAAUUGCAUCAUUAUCUACACCAGUUUCAGAGGAUUCUGCUCCUGGGACCCUUGUGGCUUUAAUUAACAUAAAGGAUUUGGAUUCUGGAAAGUAUGGUGAAGUGAACUGCGAAAUAAAUGAUGUAUGGGCACUUAAAUUAGUUCUAUCUUCCAAUAAUUAUUAUAAGCUUGUAACUGCAGGUCCACUUGACAGAGAAACAACCCCAGCAUAUAACAUCACAAUCAUAGCAGAAGAUGAAGGAUUUCCCCCAAUGGUCACAAGGAAAACAAUCUUUAUAGCUGUUUUGGAUGUGAAUGACAAUGUACCUAUUUUUGAGAAAUCUACUUACAUAUCUUAUAUCAGAGAACAUACUCUGGCAGGAACUUCAUUGCACACUGUCCAUGCUUCAGACCUAGAUGACAAUGAGAAUGCUAAGAUAAUUUACUCCAUUAUAAACAGUAAUAUUGAAAGUAUCCCUGUGUCAUCAUAUGUUAACAUAAACUCAAUGACUGGAGUUCUCUAUGCCCAGAGAUCAUUUGACUAUGAACAGUUGCGGGAAUUUCAGUUCCAGGUGAUGGCUAAAGACAGUGGAUUUCCUCCUCUAAGCAGUAAUGUCACAGUGAGGAUAUGUAUUAUUGAUAACAAUGAUAAUGCUCCUAAGAUUCUCUACCCAUCACCAGACACGGAGGGAUCAGCAUUAUUUGAGUUUAUUCCUCAUUCUGCUGAGAAAGGUUAUCUAGUCACCAAAGUGAUUGCAGUGGAUGCUGACUCUGGACACAAUGCCUGGCUCUCCUAUCACUUACUACAUGUUCCUGAUUCAUCUUUAUUUACUAUUGGCCAAUAUACUGGGGAAAUCAGGAUUGAAAGAGAUCUUCCAGAUAUGGAAUCCUUCAGGCAAAAACUUGUGGUUCUGGUGAAGGAUAAUGGAGUCCCAUCUCUGUCAUCCACAGUUACCAUUAAUUUGGUUGUGGCAGAUAACUUUCAAGAAGUUAUACCAAAAAUAAAAAAGCAACCUACAAAUUCGGAUACAUUUCAUGCAUCCUUUUAUUUAAUAAUAGCUAUAGCUUUCAUCUCUGGUUUAUUUAUUGUGACAGUGGUGAUUAUAGCCUUUUUUAGAUGUCGGAAGACCAAUGUGUCAACAUCCAUUGGAACAAAUAGUAGACAUAUAUAUCCUCAGUUCACCCUGGGAUGUCCUUCUGAGAUCAGUGAUACAAGUUUACCUUUCCCAUUCUCAUAUGAUGUGUGUGUGACUCUGGACUCAAAGCAGAAUGAAAUUGCUUAUCUGAAACCAGUGCAGAACGUCCCCACAGACAAUCUCAUAGACACUGAGGUUCCACCUUCUGAGAACAUUGAACAGGUAUGGUGA